GCAGUAGAGUCUAUGAGCGUCAGAGGCCGGUACCCGCAGGUGCACCCUGAGCAAAACCGGGAUCCCUCAGACGAAAUUUUCCGCAAGGAAAAUCUGCUUUUUUUUGUUUUGUGAACUUGUCUUUGUCCAGUUGGACAUUCGCCGACGUCCUCAGGGCACCACAGCCAUUCGUCAAGCGCCAAGUGACCAAAAGCAAGAUGUCGCGUGCUGAACCUGACGUCCAAGUGCCGUCUGGCGACAUCAAAGCCGGCGCGAAAGUUUUCAAAGCCAAAUGCUCGCAAUGCCACACCAUCAACGCUGGGGGUGCUGCCAAGGCCGGACCGAACCUCCACGGUUUCAUCGGCCGUGAAAGUGGAAAAGCUGACUUCCCGUACUCGGAUGCCAACAAGACCAGUGGCAUUAUCUGGUCCGAGAAGCACUUGUGGGAGUACUUGUUGAACCCGAAGACGUACAUUCCGGGCACGAAGAUGGUGUUUGCGGGUAUCAAGAAGGAGAAGGAACGCGCGGAUCUGAUUGCGUACCUUGUUGAUGCCUCCAACAAAUGAGGGAACUGUUUGUCGUGGGCUGUUGCUUUGGUGGGUUGUCUACGUGGCGCAUGGCUGUGCAUUUUUCAGCUUCGCGUCUAGCGUGCAGUAUCCGUGAGCUGUUUGUUACCAGGGGUUGUCCGGACGAGCGCGACUAGUGGCACACAGUCAUUUCACCGGGCCUUGCUUCAGAUUUGGAAGUAGCAGUUGUUUGGUUUCUUUGCUGAUUAACACAAACAGAAUGCUUGACGGUUGACGCUAAACAAAGUCAUUUGAUUUAA